UUAAACAAAAUUAGGGCUACAAGAAAUCUUUGGGAAUGGAGGAAAAUGCAAACGAAGAAGGCGCAUCCGAGCUCCAGAUAACUUCUCUGGGCCCUAACGAAAGAAAACUUGCCCGUCGGUUGAGAAUUAAAAAACGACUACAAAAAGCAAAUCAACAACAGCAGCUCAACGGAUGCCAAGAAUUGGAAGUGGACAUCAAGACCAUGUUGGAGAUACAACUACAGAUCAGUGAAGACCAGUUGGAGAGGUUAUUGUUGGAUGGGAAAGAAUUGAUAACAAAUGUUCAAGUAGCAAAUGAUGCUCGUGAGGUGAAAAGGAGGAAGGAUGAAGUUGCCACAAGAGAAAAACGUCUUGAGAGACUGGAAGAUCAAGCAAAUGAGAGUGUAGAAAAAUUCAAUGUAGUUAAUUCUAGGUGGAAAAUCUUCUUGGAAUCAAAUGACCCUCUGGAUCUGCACCGAGAUAUGGAAGAACAGAAAGUGAAAUGUGCAGAGCUUAUUUCUCAGAAGGACAAGCUGAUCAAGGAGCUGAAGACAGAACUCAGAUUGGCAGAUGAGCGUUUUGAGAAAGACCAAGAGAAACAGAAGGAAGAUCUGUGGCUCGUGACAGAAAGGAUUGACAAUCAAGUAAAAGUUAUGAGGAAGGCUUAUAAGGACGAGCUGAAGCUCAUUGAGGAAGUGAUUGCGCUUGAACACAAACAACUGAUGGAGGUCAGUGAGAAGAAGUGGGAGGCCCUGUACAAGAAACAUGAGAAACUUGAAGUGGAGCACAUGGAGAAGAAGUUCCAAACAGUUGAUGAAUAUGAGGAUGAAAUAUACAAAGUGGCUGUGGAACAUCAUGAGAAACUGAGAGAGGUCAAGAUCAAGCUGGAGUCAGACAUACAGGUACUUCAACAAGAACUGGAACUUGUGAAGGGACAGUGCCUCAUGAACAGUGAGAAGCUUGUCUACAAUUUCCAGGUUCUUAAGAGAAGGGAAGAGGAAAACCUCAUUGUAAGAGCCAAACAGAAACGCAGGAUCAACAGGCUCCAAGAUGUGGUGAAUAAUCUAAAAAAGAAAAUAGCUGAGACAGAGGAGUCAACAGAAACGGAGUCUGCACGGCUGACAGAGGAGGUGAUGAGGUUGCAGCAUAAUAUAUUGGACAUAGAGAAGAAGGCUGACCACUUUGCAGAGGUGAAUGACAGGAAGUAUCAACAGGUGUGGGAACUCAACAGAGACACAGCCAAGACAGUACUAGACAAGGUACUGGACAUUGAUCGUAUAUUGCAUGAGCACCAGCUUGGACUGGAGUGGACACACCCCGAUGUUUCUCUGCUGCGCCUUGAAGACCUGGCAUCAUAUCGCUGUGCCAUGCAGGUCAUUGCUGAUCUGUUUCCUGAGAAAGGUACUCAGGGCAAAAAUGAUGAACUGAAAUCAGUCGGUUUGACAGUAAGAAAUGAAGAUAUGGAAAAGUUACAUGCAAAGGAGAGGUUACUGCAGAACAUUCUGAAACUGGUCGCAGACAAUUCUGACUUCCUUGUUGAACAAAAACUUAAUGAGCUACUUGGACCACACACUGACAAGAAGAAGAUGCUUAUAAAAAUUGACAAUGUUUUUACUGCUUUGGGAAUAAACACUGAAGCAGAGAUAAUGAUGUUAAAGAAAUGCUUCCUACCAUAUGCAAAAUGCAGCGUGUGCUCCACUUCAGUGGAAGAGAAGAUGACCACCACAUUCAGGAGCUCUCAUGAGUCCAUUGGCAGUGCAUCAACUGCAGGAGACACAGAAACUGCAGAGGCAGGUAUGAUAUUUGAUACAAGCAUCGUCAAAUUUGGAGUGGACCCUGCAAAAGCGGAACAGCUGCUCAAAGACAUGGACAUCACAGCCAUUGAGGCCACCUCUACACCUGUUAAGUCCAUUGCUGGUGCUAAAGCUAAACUUCACCUUACACACAGCAAGCCAGGCUGUUCUGAGACACUUCCACUUUUUAUUGAUCCCGUGUAUGUGUUCAAAGCUCUCCGAGACUUUGCUGUCAAAUUUGCUCCUAAAGAACACAGCAGCCUUCACACAAAUUUGAAAUCUGUAAAGCACAGUACAGUGUCCCGCUUAUUAUCAACACAGGAUGUAACUGCCUUUUGGACAAGAUUCCGCAAGAUAUUCUCUCAACAGCGAGAAAAGCUAUGGGAUGGCCUGUUAAUAGGGCUGCAGAUGUACCACCGUAUUCUAGAAGAUCGCCACAAACUGAAUGUGGAUACAGUACAACUCAAACGGCAGAAUGCUGAACUCAGACGACUUCUACAUUUUUACAUUCAGAAUCCUGAAGAUGAAUCUGUGUUUCUGUCUUCGUGGGAACACUUACCACCCAUCUCAAGAAAUUAUCGACAUAAGAAGAGCAAAAUGAAAUUUUCAAAAGCAACAAGUAAGGAGAGGGGUAGGGCUAUCCUGUAACUUCACUCUGUCAAUUGCUAAAUAAUUUAUGUAGUAUGAAAAUACAAAUUUGUAGCAAGCACCAACCAAAAUAAAAAUACAAUACAUUAUUA